AUGCCCCGACAGCUGCACCUCGGCGGUUUCGAGAUCGCCUCGCACGUCGCCCACUCCCACGCCGCCUGGCGCCACCCCGGCAGCGACCUCGACUUCCUGAGCCCGGACUACUGGCACCGGGUCGGGCGCACGCUCGAGCGGGGCCUGUUCGACUUCGUGUUCUUCGCCGAUCUGCUGGCCGUGCCGACCAACUUCGGCGACGACGAGUCCGAGGCGCUGCGCCGCGGCACGCAGGCCAGCGCCACCAUCGACCCGUCGCUGGUCGUCGCGAGCAUCGCGGCCGUGACCCGGCAGCUCGGCGUCGCGAUCACGAAGAGCACGACCUACUUCCACCCCUUCGAGGUGGCCCGCGUCCUCGCCACGCUCGACCACCUCUCGGGCGGGCGCGCCGGCUGGAACAUCGUGACCUCGCUGUCGCGCGCCGAGGCCCGCAACUUCGGCUUCGACCAGGGCCUCGAGCACGACCUGCGCUACGACCGGGCCCAGGAGUUCGUCGAGGCGGCUGUCGCGCUGUGGGAGAGCUGGGAGCCGGGCGCGCUGGUCGGGGACAAGACCGGCGGGCUGUUCGCCGACCCGGACAAGGUGCACCGGGUCGACCACGACGGGCGCUUCUACCGCACCCGCGGCCCGCUGCCGACGCCGCGCUCGCCGCAGGGCAGGCCGACGCUGUUCCAGGCGGGCUCAUCGCCCAAGGGCAAGGACUUCGCCGCACGGUGGGCCGACGCGAUCUUCGAGAUCGACCCCACGCCGGAGGGGCGGCGCGCCUACUACGACGACGUCAAGAGCCGGGCGUCGAACGCGGGCCGGAACCCCGACGACGUGCUGAUCUUCCCGUCGUUCAUCCCGUUCGUCGGCGAGACCACCGCGAUCGCCCGCGAGAAGCAGGCGUUCCACAACGAGCUCGCCGAUCCGGUCUCCGGACUCAUCACGCUCUCGGUGCACACCGACCACGACUUCUCCGACUACGACCUCGACGCCCCC